CAAGAAAUGUGAUCUAAUGUUUUAUCCUUCCAUUAGACUUUCUAGGCCCUACUAGUUUUUAGUUUUUAGAUCUAAUUAUUUUUCGUAGUAGCUAUAAUGUAGGGCUGAUAUAUGUAAGCCUAUCUUAAUUACGGUUUUAUCGUGAACAGGAUGUUGGUAUUUAUAAGAAUUUAAAACUGCAUUAUUCAUAAUGGGAACUAGCGUGUUAACAAUGAAGCACAUGAAUGUAUGUAGGUUCAGUGUAAGGAUGUUGUAAUGGCGUUCAUUCAUAUUGAAUGUUGUUAUCGUGGAUACAAAGUAGAUGUACUAUACUAAGUGUACUGGUUGCUAUCUAGUAAGUAGUAACUAUCAUCUAAGCCUUAGUCAAGCAACUUUGAAGUAAAAUAAGUGUCAGCUUUCAUUUAAGUGAUUUUCUAUUUUCACAUGGAAUCCUGGUCUUCUCCAGCUCACCUAUCGUCCACUAACUAAGUAACGUUUCUUUCUUGUACUUAAUGGAUAUAUUUAUUAAUAGAUAGCGAAAUAAUAAAACAGUAGCUAAAUCUACAUCCAAUCCGUGUAUUCAAGCAAGUAGCUCAUUUAUGAUUAAAAACAAAAAUGCUUCGGAAGUAAACAAAAUCAAAACAAUGGCGGCGGUAGAAGGGGGUGUUGCCAUCAGCGAAAACAAUACAGACGAUGGUAAGUCAAUACCUGAAUCCCCAAGCGAAAGUCUUGAAGAAAUAAUUAACGAUGAUGCUGAUGAUGAAGUGGACAUUGACGAGUUCAGCAUAGUCUCAUCGUUAGGCAGCGAUAAUUCUCAUUCGCCAAGUAAAACAUCUCCUACCGACCCGGAAGAACAGAAACUUUCAGGUUGGCUCAAACUUGCUAAUGUUGGAUUGGGUUUUCGAAAACUCGUUAAGCAUGUAUUUUUUGUGUACGGAGAGGAUACUGGAAAAUUAUAUUAUUACCGCCAACCACAAGAUUUACUUCCACUGGGGGAAAUAGACCUACGAAAUUCAUCUCUGACUUAUGAUGCCAACAACAGAGACAAGCCAGGUCUUUUUGAAAUUAGGUGCGAUGGGAAGGUUUACCACAUCGAUGCACAGGACAGAGUGCGCAUGCUCUACUGGCUAGACGCUCUUCAGAAAAAGAGGAGGAACUUCAGCUUACGGCAGUCACAUCUUGCGCAAGAUCUGUUUAUGGGGAAAAAGAAACAGCUGUCUGCCAGUGGACUUUUGGGCAAGGAUUCAGUAGAAGAUGGUCAGGAUGACCAGUCCUUGAGGACUCAAGGUCACCCCCACCAGCAGGAAGAUAACCCCAAGCUGUGGUCACUAGUUAACCUACAGAAGGAGAUCAGAAAUGCUGUGUCCACUCUCAGAUCUUCAGUCAGUGAUAACUCACUAAAACAUCUGUCGCACGUGACCAGUGACGACUGGUCUCUGGUGGAUGAAGCUUCCCUCCCCUCUACAACCAGCCUGACCGAGCCCCCCAUCAAAUCCAACACACACUGGCACGUCAACUUGGACAGUGACGCCGCCAACCCAGGGCUGGACAAGACGGAAGAGCUGGACACUGCUGAUGGUGUUCUCAGGCAGUCGGAGAGUUCAAAACCAAACUCCAACACCUCCCGCGCCAACAUGUCGUUACCCCUCUCCCAGUCCAAGCCAGCUGCCUCCAGUCAGUACACCAGCCUCAGCUCCAUCUCACCCCUCUCCCCAUCAAACAUUGCCAACGGUAAAUCAAAAAUUAUGUCGGCGUUUAGAAAAAUGAAGGAAACUGUGAAGGAUAAAAACAUCAAGUUGGGUGCAGGCUCCAGACAGCAGGAGACCAAAGGUGUUGUGGAUACGGCCACGCAGUCCUGCUACAGGUGUAAGGUGAUUGGGGAAGAUUUGGCAAAUGCUAAGGAAGACUUGAGGACAACAGAGGAGGAGCUUCAGGCAAGUAGUGAAAUCAUCAAACUCUUGCAGAAACAGAUCAACAUCAUGGGGGCUGAGAUCCAUACCAAAAAAGAAUGUGAAGGGAAGGAAGAAGAAGGUGUAAUGCAAACAUUACACCAGAAGGAUAAACAUAUUAUUGAGCUGGAAUAUGGCAUAACAGCCCUGAAUGAAGAAAAAUGUGCAUUGCAGCAAGAACUCAGGUUAAAAGACAGUGAGCUAAAAGACUUUAAAGAUCAAAUCUCCAUGUUCCAGCAAACCCUAGCAGUCAAGGAUGAGAUCAUUGUCAGCCUGACCAAUCAAAACCAGGAAUUGAAGAGCAACCACAGUUCUAUACUGCAAGAACUGGGUGAAACCCCACACACAGCAGUUUCAUUCCCCAGUGAUCCAGUCUCACUAGCAGCAGAAAGGAAAGAACUUGAGAGAUUGAAUGACACUUGUAAAGCUUUUGAGAUCCAGAACAAGUUCCUGACAAAAGAAAUUCUGGAACUGAACACACUGAGACAGCAUGAUGAAACCAGGGAAAAAGUGAUGAAAAUGAAAAUAGCCAAACUGGAAGCACAGUAUUACCAGACUAGAAGUAAAUAUUUGUUCCUGUUGAAUGAACGUCAAGUUCCAAUUCGAGAUUCCUGGGUUUGUCAAAGUUUUGUUGAUAUUUCACACCAAGGAGGUGAUGAGAGCAAAUCUCAGGAUGUUGUCAACCAGCUGUUGGAGGAGGCCCUGGAGUCUGAGAGUAACAUGACACAAGAAGAUGUCAGCAAGGAAGUUUUUAUUUCCUCACAAGGGAAAGAGUAUGAUCAUUAUGGUUUCUUGAAGUUUGGCCAAGAAGAAGAAGAUUUACUUUUGUCUCGAGCCAAUGUUAUGCAUAGGCAGUCUGUUGAGAUAGGAUAUUUAAUUAGGGAUGCAGAUGAGGUAACAUCAAAAAAAAUAAAGUGGGAAAAUUUUAUGGUGGGUCAGGCUGCAGCCAAGCCACUGACCCGCUCCCCUGACCUGAAGGUUCUCAUCCGGCUGGGCGUCCCGCGCGAGUUCAGAGAGAGAAUAUGGAAGGGGUGUAUUGAGCUCCAAGUGAAGUCAACCAGAGACAAACUGGGGGUCAAGUAUUACAAGGAACUGGCUGAGAGGGCCAACAACAACAAAUCCAAUCCAGCAAUAAAACAGAUUGAACUGGAUUUGUUAAGAACUCUCCCAGACAACAGGUUCUUUGAUAAAAUUGAUUCUCCAGGCAUCACAAAGCUUCGCCGUGUAUUGUUGUGCUACAGCGUCCACAACCCAUUGAUUGGCUACUGUCAGGGAAUCAAUCGUAUAGCCGCAAUAGCCCUGCUGUUCUUGUGUGAAGAAGAUGCAUUUUGGUGUCUGGUGGCUAUCAUAGAGCACCUGAUGCCUACAGAUUACUACACAACCACACUGGCCGCAGCUCAAGCUGACCAGAGAGUACUGAAGGACCUGGUCAAGGAGAAAUGUCCCAGCCUGUAUGCCCACCUAGACACCCAUGACGUUGACCUCUCCCUGUUCACCUUCAACUGGUUUUUGACCGUCUUUGUUGAUGGCAUCCAGCCUGAACUCUUCCUCCGGAUAUGGGAUGUUUUCUUGUAUGAAGGGAGCAAGGUACUUUUCCGAUUCGCCUUGGCAUUUUUAAAAUACGCAGAGGAUGACAUUUUAAAGCAAUCAAAUAGCUUGUCAACAAAUCGCUAUAUGAGAACACUAGGGGAGACUAUCACAGAUGUCAAAAAGAUUUAUCAGAUAGCCUUCCAUGAGCUGAACCCCUUCCCUAUGAGGUCCAUCUCAAAUAAACGUCACUACCACCUGCAACAAGUGAAGGCUGAGUUAGAAGAACUCGAAAACAUCAGGAAAGAUUUGCGAUCUGCUUAUGAGCAAGAGGAAAAGAGGAGUGAUAAACAAGAUUAUUUCAGUGAGGAUGACCAUGAGGAUUCAUAAAAAUCCGGAUCAUGGGGAUUCUUAAAAAUCUGGACCAUGAGUAUUCAUAAAAAUAUGAACUAUUAGGAUUUUAAAAAUCUGGACCAUGAGUAUUCAUAAAAAUAUGAACUAUUAGGAUUUUAGAAAUCUGGACCAUGAUGUGUGAGCAAGUUUACAGUGUAUGAACUGGUCUUUAUUUUUUCAAGUGUAACAAAAUACGUUGUAAAGUUUUUAGAAUUUAAUAUUUGUUUCAGUGAAACUGAUCAUGAAGACUAACAAAACCUUGAAUUUAUGGAUGGUGUUUUUUUCUCUUUGUAAAUUUUUUUUUUAUCUUUGUAAUUUUGAAUUGUUUCCUCCAAAGUUUUCCCUGUAACAGAUUUUAACUGUGAUAAUGGUAUCAUCCAAUUUAUAAUUUAUGUAUGACUGACAAAGAAUGUUUAUUGUUUGUUUGAGAGGUGGAUGCUGAGACAACAGAUAUUAUCUUUAAAAUCUGGUUAAUUCUAAUUUUGUUUUCCAUUGAGAAAAACAAAAAUAUGAUCAAAAUCUUUUUACCUGCAAGAAAUCCAUAUAUCUAGUGAAUGUUCAGAUUUUAUAGCCUAUCAACAUUGAUGCUGCCUUUAUAUAGAAUUUUGUUUAUUAUUAACAGAUGAUAUAUAAACAUAAACAAUGUAUUUUUUUUAAAUAUGAAUUAAUAUAAUUAACUUUAUUUUGACCAAAACUCUUCAUCAGGAAAAAAAACAAAAAAACAAUGCAGAGAACAAAGAAGAUAUAAUAUUUCAUGCUGAAAUUAAAAUGCCAGUUUUAUUAUCUUGUUGUGAUAGUUUUAAAGAUAUUUCAAUGGGAUUUGUUUUCAGACAAUUUAUUUUUUCUUCUGUUAUGUCGGGAAAUCUGUAUAUGACCUUGGCAUUUUUUAAACAGAUUAUUUCUUGCAUAAAAUCCUAAACAUGUAAUUGAAUUUGAAUAGAUGAAAGAAUGUUUGGAGUUAACCUGUCGUCGCAAAGACUUUUGUUGUUUGACUGUAAAUAUUAGUCAUCAUCAGCAGUAAAAAAAAUGUUAAACUUCAAUAUGUUAAUUACACCUAAUGUAUUCAUCGAUGUAUAUACAUAUUUUUUUACAGAUUUUACAGUCAGUAAUAACUUUUGAAUGCACUAGUACAUAGUUUUGCACAUGUCGCCCUGACUUUUACUUUUCAAACUUUUCAUCUGCUAGUCUAGUAAGUGGAAGUCAUAGAAAUAAAUAGAGGGUUCAUGCUUACUUUUAACCUACAUAAUUUCUGAACCUCAAAGGAAAGAACUAAAUUGUAAGUAAUUUUAAUUUCACUUGAAUGUAUUUGGAUCUAAUUGCAUCACUGAGGUGUUAACAUUGAACUAAAUGAUUUUCUUGUACAAAAGAUUUUGUUUAGAUAAAGUAUUUUCACACUACCUGGUGAUAUCAGUUUGUAUUUACAUUUUAUUUAAAGGAAACUUCACAUUCCAUACAAUUUUAUUAUGAAAUUAAAUUUAUAACAUUAUUGGGAAAUUAAUUUGUUACAAAAAUGUUUGAGAUAAAGCAUUUCCUUGUUCUGUUUAUAUUAAAAUACAGUAAAAGAUUUCACUAUUUUUCUAUUUAUAAAAAAACCAUAGCAGUGCCUUUGAGAUUAUUACACAAAAGUUCUAGAAACUUCAAUUUCUUUUUACUACUUUCAAUCUGUCAAUUGUGAAAAGACAUUGGAAUUUUUUUUUCUGUGUAAAAUUCUACUUCUCAAGCAUUGAUAUUUUUAAGUAUAACUCAGCUGUUUAAAAAUGUCAUUAUUAAGGCUCUGGCUAAAUGAGAAAAUGUAUACAGCUGUGGAUAUAUUUUAUUGUCUUUUACAAAAUAUUUCACAAAUGUAUGACACAAACCAAAUAAAACUAUAAACUCUAGUGCUCAAUACUAUUCUUUUCUCUACUGAUUUAUGCUCAAGGUUAAUGCAAAAGCUACCACACUUUAGCUACUUGAAAACAAAUAAUGACCAGAGAUUUGAAAGUUUAAAACUUUAAUGGAAAACUAUUUGAAAUCAAUUUAAUAAGCUUAGUUUUUCUUUAAAGAAAUCAUGUCAUUUUUGUGAACCAAUGCAGAGCUAAAUUUAAAGCAGUCAGUUGUUUCUUCAUUAAACUUUAUUGUGUGCACAGGGCUCAAAUAUUACCAAUGUUUGUUCUUACUUAUUGUUGGCACCUUUACAAAACAAUUUUUUACUGCUACAUAUUUAUAUAACCAUUUACACAAAUUUAGUGGUGUUUUUUUUAUUCUAUGUAUAUACAUUUCUUUUGAGUCAGUCAUUUUGUAUAGUAAAUAUUUUAUUUCAAAGCAUUAAAAAAUUUGAAAUAGUUUUGAGGGGUAAGUCAUCAUUCCAUCAUAUUUUUUUUAUAACUAUGUAGGAACUUCAUUAUAUUUUUUUAAAUGAAUAACUGUUAAAAAUAUGUUUUUUUCUUUUGUAAAGAAGUUCGUUCAACCACCUUUUCAUGUGCCCUUUAUGGCCUCAGUAAGAAAAAUACAGUAUUUAUCAUUUUGUUUCAUUGCUCAAUCAUCCUGACAUUUUUACAUCCCUGUACUUAUUCUGUACCAUAUAUGCAUAAUCUUUAUAUGUAGGUUUGUAUCAUAUAGUCAUAUAGACAUACAACCAAAUAGCACUGGGUCCCUCAUUCAAUAUAAUUUUUAGCACAAUUUUAGUGUUACGGUAAUUUUGAAAAUAGGCAUCCCCUUCCCAUUCCUAACAAAAUAUUUGACCACCAAACCAUUCCAACAUUGGAGAUAAAAGAAACUUGCCAGAUUUGACAUUUUUUUUUAAUCUGGCAAUUUUCCUUACUGAAAUAGUACAUAGAAAAGAGAAAAAAUAAAAAUAAAAAAGCUAGAAGUUGGUUAGAGAAUCUAUGUUUUAUUUGUUUAUCUUUUGAUGCGUGGGUAGUCAUCACUUCCAAUUUCUGAAUUUUAGUCUCACAAAUUACUCUAGAAUAUUGAGGGAUACCUGUCUAUAUAGAUGUUACAAUUUUAAUUUUCUGAGUAAUGACAAAACUUAAUUGUACAUGAUAUCAGCAUUAAACUGUGACAGAAAUUCAUAAAGUGAGUGAAUAAAUUUUAACAUUUUGUUUGAAAAAAUCUGGCAACAUAUUUUGUAUGAACUAUGGCAACAUUUGCGUUGUUUGUAAAGACAUUUGUAUUAUAUGAUGCACAAUGAAUGUUGGUGCAUUUUUUAACAUUACAUGAUACAGUUGAGUAGACACAAAUGACAAUGUAAUUUUGUAUGUUCCCCAGUUGUAUACGAAUCAGGGGACAAAAAAAUUGUGUCUGUUGAUACAGGUUUACUUACAUGUGUUUGUUUCCAUUCUUCUAUUCACCCAUUUAUUUUAAAAAUAAAGUGUGCAAUAGAUU